AUGUUGGGUUCUUGCAAAACGCGAUUCGAUGAUGCAAGACACAACAUCCUCCAACAACGUUCAACACUGCCGAACCGUAAAAUUGGUCAUCAUAUUUUACUAAAUGAUUGGUUUGUUGACGAACCAAAAUACGAUGAAGCUUACUUUCAAAAGAAAUUUCGAAUGGAUAAAAGCAUGUUUUUGAAAAUCGUUGAUGACAUCCAGGCGAAUUUUUCAUAUUUUCAAGAGGGGAUCGAUGCACGUGGGAGAAGAAGUUUCAAGGCGCACCAAAAGGUCACCUCGGCAGUGCACCAACUCGCAACGGGCAAUCCGCCCGAUGAGUACAAUGAGUACUUACAUAUGGCUGAUCGUACCGCGAGCGAGUGCCUUGAUCAUCUUUGUGACGCCAUCAUUAAGUUGUAUGGUCGUGAGUACUUAUGUAGGCCUACUUAA